GGGCUUCGGGGCCGGGCUUGUGCUGACGUUGCCCCCCAUGAUGCCGCUGCUGCUGCUCCUGACGUCUCUCCGCCUUCCCUUCCGCGAGCAAAGCAGGCCUGGGUCCGUUGCCUGCUGCUGAGAAAUUUGCAUUGCGCCUGUAGUAGACAGAGCCGCUUUCUCUCUCUCUCCUCUCCUGCGUAGAGGGAAGGGGUCCCGCCACCAUGACCGCGUCCAUGAGGGAGAGGUUCGACAAGUUCCUGCACGAGAAGAACUGCCUGACGGGCGUGCUGGAGAAAAUCGAGAGCAGGACCGGCGUGAACAGGUCCUUCAUCGCCAUCGCCAUUGGUGCCGCGCUAGCCAUCUAUCUGGUGUUCGGUUAUGGAGCGUCCCUCCUUUGCAACUUGAUUGGGUUCGCUUAUCCUGCAUACAUCUCCAUCAAGGCUAUUGAAAGCCCAAACAAAGAUGACGACACACAGUGGCUGACAUAUUGGGUUGUGUAUGGCAUCUUCAGCAUAGCGGAAUUUUUCUCUGACAUCUUUCUUUCCUGGUUCCCUUUCUACUACAUGAUUAAGUGUGGGUUUCUGGUAUGGUGCAUGGCUCCAAGUCCCUCAAAUGGGGCAGAGCUGCUUUACCACCGAAUUAUCCGCCCCAUCUUCCUGAAGCAUGAGGCUCAGCUGGAUAACGUAGUAAAGGAUCUGAAAAACAAAGCCGCAGAGACAGCAGACACCAUUACUAAAGAAGCUAAAAAAGCAACAAUAAAUUUACUGGGUGACGAGAAGAAGAGCACUUAAAAUGGUUAACUGGAAGAUAAGUUUCCUCAUCACUUCCCUUAUGCAGCUUGAUGUUACUGGGGACUGUGAUAUAGUAAUUUGAAUCUUGUUGCCUUGUAAACAUUUUUUUUUAUUUUAUUAAAGGAAUGUGUUGUAAGAUUGCUUGCUUUUGCAGUUCUCUGUAUUGAAAGUAAGCAUUUUUAUUUAAAACCAGUGCAGUGGGUAGCAUCUAAAGCUUACAUAUUAGUUUAUUCAUCUCCUGAGCAGAGAAGGGACUUUCAAUACUGUCUUGUCUUGCAGUUAACGUAAACUUUAAAUAAAGUAUGCCCCGGGUUCUGACCAUUA